GUGAAGCCGUCACCGGCAUGGCGGGCGCUUCGGUGAAGGUGGCGGUCAGAGUCCGGCCCUUCAAUGCCCGGGAAACCAGCCGCCAGGCCAAGUGCGUCAUCCAGAUGCAAGGCAACACCACCUGCAUCACCAAUCCCAAGCUCCCCAAAGACGCCACUAAGCACUUCACCUUUGACUACUCGUACUGGUCCCACACUUCGGAAGAGGACCCCCACUUUGCCUCGCAACGCCGCGUCUACCAGGACAUCGGGGAGGAGAUGCUGCUCCACGCUUUCGAGGGUUACAACGUCUGUGUCCUCGCCUACGGCCAAACAGGCGCUGGCAAAUCCUACACCAUGAUGGGCAGGCAGGAGGCCGGGCAGCAGGGAAUCAUCCCGCAGCUCUGCGAGGAUCUCUUCACCCGUGUCAGCCGUGAGGGAUCCCCCGAUCUCACCUUCUCUGUGGAGGUGAGCUACAUGGAGAUCUACUGCGAGCGGGUGCGGGAUCUGCUGAACCCCAAAAGCCGGGGGGGGCUGCGGGUGCGGGAGCACCCCCUGAUGGGCCCCUACGUCCAGGACCUGUCCCGCCUGGCCGUCACCUCCUUCGAGGACAUUGCCGACCUCAUGGACAGCGGCAACAAGGCCAGGACGGUGGCGGCCACCAACAUGAACGAGACGAGCAGCCGGUCCCAUGCCGUCUUCACCAUCGUCUUCAGCCAGCGCCGCCACGACCGCCUGACCGACCUCCACACUGAGAAGGUGAUGCUGUGCCCCCAAAACCCCCUGAAUCUCCCCAAAAUCCUCCCCCUCAGCCACCGCCUCGUUUUGGGGAAGAACCACGUUUUCCGCUUCACCCACCCGGAGCAGGCGCGCCGGGAGCGGGAGCGCGGCCCCUCCGCCCCCCCGGAGCCCCCCCCCGACUGGAACCUGGCCCAGCGGGAGCUGCUGGAGCAGCAGGGCAUCGACAUGCGCCUGGAGAUGGAGAAGAGGCUGCAGGACCUGGAGAACCAGUACCGGCGGGAGAAGGAGGAGGCCGACCAGCUGCUGGAGCAGCAGCGCAUGCACGCCGACCCCGACAGCGGUGACGACCCGGAGCAGCGCUGGUGCGAAGCCGGUUGGCGCCUCAUCUCCUCCCUCCGCCAAAAACUCCCAGCGCCCACUGUCCGCUCCAUCGUCCGCCGCUGCGGCCUCCCCAACCCGGGCAAACGCCGGGAACCCCUCCGCGUUUACCAAAUCCCUCAACGGCGCCGGCCGGCAACGCCGGAUCCUCCCUGGGUCACCAUGGCGGACCUGAAGAUGCAGGCGGUGAAGGAGAUCUGCUACGAGGUGGCCCUGCGGGAUUUUCGGCAAGCGCGGCGAGAGGUGGAAGCCAUGAGCAUCGUCAAGAUGAAAGAGCUUUGCCGGCGCUACGGCAAACGCGAUCCUCACGAGCGGGAGACCUGGCGCGCCGUGGCGCGGGACGUUUGGGAUACGGUGGGAGGAGGUGAAGAGGACGGCGGCGGCGGCGAUGUCAGCGGGGCGGAGGUGGAGGGGCUGCGGGCUCACCUGGACAAGCUGGCGGGGAUCCUGCGGGAGGUGAAGCGCCAGAACAGCGCGAAGGACGAGCAGAUCCGCGCCCUGCGCGACCGUGUCGGCAAGAUGGAGCGCGUCAUCCCCCUCCCGGCGGUGAGAUGGCCUGCCCCAUGUGCGGCCUGCCCCACGGACCCCCAGCGUGGCCCCAUCCUCUCCUCCGGUCACGAGCUGCUGGUUCAAUUCGUCUCGGACCUGAGCGUGACGGCCGAUGGCUUCGCCGCCACCUACACCAUCAGGAACCGGGAUCAGGCACCGGACCCCGGCACCGAUCCGGCAAAUCCCAAAUCCAAGGGGGGUGGGAAGGGGAAAGUCCCCCCCGGCCCUAAGACGGUGACACCAACUGCCACCGUCGCCACCGUCACCGCGACCCCCUGUCCGCAGCGAUGCCGGCGUGCCGGGACGCUGCAGAGCAACUUCUGCAGCAGUGACUUCGUGCUGACCGGGACGGUGAAGUCGGUGUCGCGGGGCCCCCCCCAGGAGCAGGGCUGGGCCGUGGUCUCCAUCUUGGGCCUCUACAAGUCGGGGGGUCUGGAGGUACCCCAACCAGCCAAGGGGGCCACCCUGCGCCUCCAGCUGCCCUGUCGCCUCUGCCCCGGCCUCAAGAAAGGGUCAAGCUACAUCCUGAUGGGGCGGGUGGGGGCGGAUGGGGGGGCUGUGCUGCCCCCCGAGGCCUUCGUCGUCCCCUACCGCCAGCAGCAGCAGCAGGUUUUGGGGAACCUGAGCAAGAGGCCAUGUCGGGGGAACCCCUGA